CAUCAUCUCCCUCUCCGUAUCUGUUCGUCGCCAAUCUUCAUUGCUUUCUGGUUUCUGGUCAGGGUUCAGUUCCUCACUUUUGACGACCGCACCUCAAGUCAUCCCUUCUCUUCUAUCUCCACUCCCUACUCCCUCAACCCUCUUCCUCUUCCUCUUCCGUCUGCACCACCUGUCGAAACCCUCGCCCUCGCCGUCCGUCACUCCAUCAACCAAACUGCAGCGCUUCCGUGUAACAUCUGCAUCAUCCGUCGACCUCGACCACCUCCAACCAACGGAAUCUCUUGUUUGCUUCUCUGUGCGACAAUACUCUUGCGAUUUCAACCUGUGCGCCUGUUGCUUUUCAUAUGCUAUACGUGCCUGUCAUUCACCAUUCCGAGAGCAUCGACAAUUCUAAAAAAGUGACACAUCCGUGCACUGGACAUUACGCACGGUCUCCUCUCCUGAACCGCCCCCACAAUCCACAUCCCUCGUUGACAGCCACCCGUGCAUGCGGCGACUGGCGGUCCAUACCCAAUCUCCAUCGCCAUGACAUCUCCGGGCCCGAUCGCUCGUAAUGAAUCUCAGAAUUCAAGUCGUCGAAGUACAAGCCUCGGUUCACGCCUGUUCCGAUCAAAAAGCGGAGAGGCUUUGGGCGACCGUAAAGCAUCUAGUUCUCGUCUGAAGAAGAGACUCGAUGAGAUGGAUGAGCAGGCGAAAGUCACCCAGUCACCUCCAAGAUUGCCUGGCUACACUCCUCACCCUCUGGGAAUUCAAUCCUUUGGCGGCGAAAACUACAAUCCAGAUGCCCAAACCAACGGCAUGCAUCGAGGUACUCCCCCGGUACCGCCUUUGCCCUCCAGCAUCGAGUCCCACGCCAUCGACCCUUAUGCCCGCACAGAGAGCAUGACCCAUCGAGGCCGAUAUUCCUAUGCCACCUCGACCGUCUCCACGAUCAACUCUCCCCGGAGAGUCCGCCGCCGCAAAGAUCCUACUCCUUACAAUGUUCUUGUCAUUGGUGCUCGGGGUGCUGGCAAGACCUCCUUGAUCAACUUCCUCAAGAGCUCUCUCGCUUUGCCCGCCAGAAAACAAGCAAAUCGAGCCCCCGAUGGCGACACACCUCCCUCUUCCGCACGCCCAAACACCACUUUCAUCCACCACUAUCAGGAAAUUGACGUUGACAAUGAAAGAGUCGGCUUGACUCUGUGGGACUCGCAGGGCCUCGACAAAGGCAUUGUUGAUCUCCAACUGCGUGAGAUGAGCAAUUUCGUGGAGAGCAAGUUUGACGACACAUUUAUCGAAGAGAUGAAGGUAGUCCGCGCCCCAGGCGUCAGGGACACCCAUAUCCACUGCGUGUUCUUUGUUCUCGAUCCCUCAAGAUUGGAUGCCAACAUCAAUGCCUCGGAAGAAGCCAGCAAGGGUAAUGACACAGGCCGAAUCGGAAAAUCCCCGCGUAUCGUCGGUGCCCUGGACGAGGACUUUGACAUCCAGGUCUUGAAGGUUCUGUCCAAGCAAACAACUGUCAUCCCUGUCAUCAGCAAGGCUGACACCAUCACCACCGCACACAUGUCCUUCCUCAAGCAGAAGCUCAAGAAAAGUCUUAACAAGGCCGGCCUAGAUCCUUUGGAGGCCGUCAACUUUGAUGCCGAUGAUUCUGAUGAUGAUCGGUUUGACGAGCGCGACGAGGAUGCCAGUAGUGAUGCAGACUCGGGAAGUGAAGGUGGAUCUCACCAUAGUGCUGGAUCGGAUUCCAACCGUCAGUCCAAGCGUUCCGCCAACAACAAGCAGUCAUCGAGCGCCUCUCCCACCGAUGUCUCCUUUUCCAGCGGCUUUGAACCGUGGUCCAUCAUCAGUCCAGACAAGUAUUCUCUCGGAUCCAAAGAUGGACCCGUAGGUCGACAAUUCCCUUGGGGAUUCGCAGACCCAUACAACCCGGCACAUUGUGAUUUCGUCAAGCUCAAAAACGCCGUGUUCGGCGAGUGGCGGUCCGAGUUGCGGGAAGCCAGUCGUGAGGUGUUUUACGAACGCUGGCGAACCAAUCGUCUGAAUCGACGGACCGUACCUGCAAGUGGAUUGCCGUCGGGUCCCAGACAAAGCGUCGGAAUUCCAAUUCCCCUGCAGUCUCGAGUCCGUUGAUUGGUGCCAAUCUCAAACUAUACCUAUGAGGCUAUAGAUGAUAGCAUGUUGUUGGUGAGCGGGCUUCAUGGUCAUGUUGGAAGGAGCACCGAAUGGAGAAAGCCCGAGUGGGAUUUGGGGUGUCGAGAGAAUCAUUCGUCUUGAAUACUCUGUUCGCAAUCAGAAUGGAACAUCUCUCCCUCGCACGAAGUCACGACCUACAUCUUAUCCUACAUCUUAUCCUGGCGAUCUGCAGUCUUUUAUCGAUAGCGAUUGGACCGUCAUCUGGCUGAUUCCACUGCACGGAGGUUAGAGCAUGCUGAAAUACCGGGCGGGACUUGGAUAUCAGCUUGCGCGUGCCGCCGUAAAGGGACGGGCCGAUUUGGAAAAGCGCAGAGGCCAGGAGCUGCUGGAGCUUAUCCUCCAAAAGCGUAUGUAUCACAGUUUUAUUCCGGCUUUGGGCCUGUUUCGGCAAGGUCUAGAGCAAACACAUGUUGCAGUUGUAGCGAAUCAUAGUUAGAUGGACUGGAGGAGCUGCAAAGUUGAAACAAGUGUCUUUGUAUUCAUCAACGUGAUCGGAUUAGUCAUAUAACGAGGGCUAUACGUGUUAUUGUAUCAUGCAUUGUGGUAUCAUUGCAUCAUUAUAUCAUUGGUGUCAUACAUUCA